AUGCCCUUUAUCGACUCGGCUUCCGCCGGCGAGUUGCUCGUGCUCGGUGCUGGGUCGUACUCGGUCGUGAAGGAGUGCAUUCACAUCGACACGGGCCGGUACUAUGCUGCCAAGGUGAUCAACAAGCGCCUAAUGGCCGGGAGAGAGCACAUGGUGCGAAAUGAGAUCGCCGUGCUCAAGAAGGUGUCAAUGGGCCACCAGAACAUCCUGACGCUCGUCGACUACUUUGAGACGAUGAACAACCUCUACCUUGUCACAGACCUCGCUCUUGGUGGGGAGCUCUUCGACCGCAUCUGCCGAAAGGGCUCGUAUUACGAGUCCGACGCGGCCGAUCUGAUCCGCGCAGUGUUGUCUGCCGUCGCCUACCUCCACGACCACGGCAUCGUGCACCGCGACCUGAAACCCGAAAACCUCCUGUUCCGCACGCCGGAGGACAACGCCGACCUGCUCAUCGCCGACUUCGGCCUCAGCCGCAUCAUGGACGAGGAGCAAUUUCACGUGUUGACCACGACGUGCGGCACGCCAGGCUACAUGGCGCCCGAGAUCUUCAAAAAGACCGGCCACGGCAAGCCCGUGGACCUGUGGGCGCUGGGCGUCAUCACCUACUUCCUCCUGUGCGGGUAUACGCCCUUUGACCGCGACUCGGACUUCGAGGAGAUGCAGGCCAUCCUCAACGCCGACUACAGCUUCACCCCGCUCGAGUAUUGGCGCGGUGUCUCUGACAGCGCCAAGGACUUCAUCCGCCGCUGCUUGACCAUCGACCCGGCCAAGCGUAUGACGGCGCACGAGGCCCUCCAGCACCCGUUUGUGGCCGGCUGGGCGCGCGCCGCCGCCGCGGGCGGCGAGGGCGCCGACAAGGGCCAGAACCUGCUGCCCACCGUCAAGAAGAACUUCAACGCACGGCGCACCCUGCAUGCCGCCAUCGAUACCGUCCGAGCGAUCAACAAGCUUAGGGAGGGCCAGGCCGGCGGGUUUAUGAAUGGCAUCAAGAGCAGAGAGCCGGUGAAGAACACGCCGCAGGACAACAACCAGAACGUGCCGUCACUGCCAAGGAACCAUGACAGCGGCGUCUCCGGGAUGGAUGCUACCACCACCACCACCACACAGCAGCAGCAGCAGCAAUCCGGCGAGGGCAACGGCGACAGCGGCUAUGAGACGCAGUCUCACUCUCAGGAGACGGGCGCUCAGCGGAGUGGUGGUAGUGAUGGUGCGGGAGGCGACGUCAAGAUGAAUGAUGCGCCUCCUGCUGAUGCUGUGCAACAACAGCAGCAACAAGGACACCUGCCGCCGGCGUUUGCAGUGCCAGCGAGCCUGCGGCCGGGGAAUGAGGUGAAUCGGGUGGUUGAGACGAGUAAGGGGCUGUGGAGCGGGGGCGGGAGUCGGCGAUGA